AGAAGCGGCAUCAGGAUUAACAUAAGAAAAUCACUGCAUUAAUUAUAAAAAUGAUGCAAUUUAAUCCCUUGAAUGUUAUAAUGUUACUCUAUACAACUUUCAUUGCUCUUAACUUUCCACAAGGUCCGAUAACUCCAAAAGAAGUAGAAGUGAAGGAGAAGAUUGAAUAUUUGUUAAAAGAAAUAGAAAAUGGAGAGGAAUUUGAAAUAGAAGAAGUAGAAACUUUAGAUUUUUACAAUACAUAUGAAGUUCCAGAAGCGAAAAAUAUUGAUUUAUUAGAGGAAAAUGAAAGAAGAGAGUAUCUCCCGGAAGAAGUUAUUUGUAGCUCCGUUGAAUCAGGAAUAUCAAAUGAUUAUAAAAAGCAAGCUGUGGAAUACUGGAAGAGCAAUAAAACAGGACCAAGAUCGCUUGAAGGAGUUAAAAGAAGAUACAGAAAGUAACAUCGAUGCGACAAUUACGACGAUGCACAGUGGGUCAAAUGGGUAUUUUCGUGGACAAAAAUCGCUAAACGGCGUUAACGGUUAAUUCUUAACCGAUUUCCAUGCUUUUUUUUAAAUUUACUCGCGAUGAAUUGCUCUACAAUUGUAUCGAGCCCGAUUUUUAAAUUAGACCCUCUAUUCAAAAUGGCGGAUGCACAAAUUUGUCAAAUGUAUAAAACCUGUAAAUGUAUAAUACCUGUAAAAUAUCGAAGAUUUUUGGAUCGGACAAAAUUUAUACGGGCUUUUAAGACCUCUGAGAUACAUAUGUAAGAUCGAAAUUCUCAGUUUUUGCCAGUGCACAGUGAGCUGGCGACCCACCAUUUCGUGCCAAAAUUCGGUAACUUGAAGAUUACUCGUCGUAUGGACAUGGAAUUUGUUAUAAGGGGUUUUUUAGGUCCCUGAUUUCAAAAAUAACGUCAAAAUUCAAAAUGGAGGAUUCAAAAUAGCGUAUUCGCCAAAAUUUUAUCGGAAUUUCAUGAAAAAUGCAUAUGCAGUCUUUAUAGGUCGUUUAUAUAUCCUUUCGUACGUACGUAUGUAAUAUGUAAAACUUAUAUACACGUAAAUAUACGUGCAUGCGCACAC